AUCCAGACCCUUGCUUCUUGGCGAAUUUGAGGCGCUUGGAAGGACAGCAAUCUAGAUGUGGAUCCAUAAUUUGAGCAUGUGACCUAUCUGAUGCGGAGAGGGUGUUUGAAGAUCUCUGAGUGGAAAGUGUACUACAAAUUCUCUCAAUACUCACGCGCUUCGUCUGCGGCGACAGCCCACCUGGGGUGGGCCUGAUUCGUCCCUGACCCUAGGGGAGGAACCCCGGGGACAGGGCGGAGCCGGCAUGUGGAGGCGCCCCGAGGCUGGGCUGCCAGACUUGGGGGCAAACUAAGGAAGGAGUGUUGUGGAGAGUAUCUAGAGUUCAAUGGUCAGAGGUUAGUGUAGCGAGGAGUUGUGGGUGGUCGAAAAUCUCAGGGGUUCUAAGGGGAGACCCAGGUAAGGACUCAAUAUUCAGGGGACAGAUUUGGGGUUUAGGGGCUUGGAAGGAGGAGGAGCAGGGAGUGGGAGUAGUGCCGGGGGAGGCGGAGAGAUAUUAGAGAGAAGAGAAAAGGAGAAAGGAAUCCCUGGAAUAUCCAUUCUCCGAUUUCAGGCCGGUCACCGUCGGUCAUUUAGUCAGGCCUCCCCCAGUUGCAGUCUCAGCUCUGGCAGGGUGAGGAGAUGGCUUCUCCCUCUAGACAGCACCCCCUCGGAGGGUCAGGACUGCUUCAAGGGAGCCGGGCUCGUUCUUAUGGCAGCCUGGUUCAAUCGUCCUGCUCCCCAGUGAGGGGAAAACGCCUGGAACAUCAGUUGGAGCCUGGAGACACCCUGGCUGGCCUAGCACUCAAAUACGGGGUGACGAUGGAACAGAUUAAGCGUGCAAACCGCCUUUAUACUAAUGACUCCAUCUUCCUGAAGAAAACCCUCUACAUCCCCAUCCUGACAGAGCCCAGAGACCUGUUCAAUGGUUUGGAUUCUGAGGAAGAGGAAGAGGUACACCCAAGUAAGGAUGAAGCUUGGCCACAGUCAGCUGAGAGGAAGAAACAAGAGACAGGUUCAGGACGGGCCAAUGGUGAAGUACUCCCCACGCCUGGCCAGGAACCCUCCACUCCCAUCCAUGACCUCUCUGCCUCUGAUUUUCUUAAGAAGCUUGAUUCACAGAUCAGCUUGUCAAAGAAGGUUGCUGCCCAGAAGCUGAAAAAAGGGGAAAUUGGGGUACCUGGGGAGGAUGCAGGUCUCCACCUGAGCUCCCCUCAGAUGCAGCAACGAGCAGUCCUAGGUCCUGUGCCGCUAACCCGGACCUCUCGAACCCGGACACUACGGGACCAAGAGGAUGAAAUCUUCAAACUCUGAUAUCUCCAGGACUGAUUAAGAAGUAAAAUGUUGAAGAACAACUUGAGGGGGAGAGGAGCCUGAGGUGAGGCUCAAGAACAUGGUUUCCCAGCCUGCCUACCUCUACUCCAGCCAUCUUCCCCAGCCUCCUUGUCCAUCAAGAAUUCUGUGGCCUGGGGCAGUUUUAUUGGCAAGAGUAGGGGAUGGGGCCUAGACCCCUUCCCAGUUCUUGGGCUGAAUCCAGAGUUGUCUUUUAGAUUCAAAAGGCUAUUUUUACAUCCCUGCUGCCUUUCCUAUCCCUUUCACCAUUUCCUGGGCUUAGAGCAGGGAAGGAGGAACUCCUCCUCAACUUCCUCCUCAUCCCCAACUACAUUACCUAAUUCAUUUGGUGCUAUAUAUAUUGAAAUAAUAUUUAUUUGCUGUAUCUUAUUCUUCUCACUCUUAGCUGAAAAAUGGGAUUUCUAUAGCCCUGAGUUGAGGUGAACCCAGGAACAGUGAGCCAGUAACUGCUGGUUCCCCACCAUCCCCACCUCCUUAGCCAAGCAUGUUAUUGAGGAUGGAGCAAUUAGCAAUUUAGCCCCACUGCAGAGAAUGGCAGACUGUGCCAGGCCUUUUCUCCAAUCUCAGAGUAAAUGAUUUGGGCUCAGUCUUUACUAAACAAUUCCUUAUAACUUUUGGACAACUCUUGCUCUGAGAAAAAGCAGCAAUGUAGGGACCUGAACUCUCCAUUCUACCAGUUCACCCUUCUAACCUGUUCCUCUGCUCAGCCUGUGGUGGGGCUAAGGGAUGGAAGGAUUGCCUUGGGCGUUUGAAGAGGAGAACAGUUGUUCUCACAACUCUGUUGUACUCUCUCCCCACCAGAGCCUAUCUAUGUAUGCCUUGCUUCUUACUGUAUAUUUGUUUGCAAUUUGUAGCACUGAUCUAUGGUACAGUUUUUUUGUUUGUUUGUCUCUUAAACAGAAGAAGUAGGCAAGGGAACCUCCAUGAUACUGGAAAUAUGCCUCAGUCUCCUGUAUGGAAGUGGUGAGAGGUGAGAUAAGUCGUGUUUAUACACCUUCUUGCCUCUGUGAUGAUCAUAAGGUCUAAGAAGCUGGAGAGAUUAAACAUUGAGCCCUGU